GGGCUUCUUGAGGGACGACGAUGGCGGCGGGGUGCCGGGGGGGCUGUUGCGGGUGCUGCUGCUGCUGCUGUGGGGAAACAGAGAGCCGCACUCCGGAAGAGCUGACCAUCCUUGGAGAGACGGAGGAUGAAGACGAUGAAAUUCUGCCCCGUAAAGACUAUGAGAGUUUGGAUUAUGAUCGGUGCCUCAAUGAACCGUACUUGGAAGUCCUAGAAAGCCUCGAUAACAAGAAAGGCCAGCGCUAUGAAGCGGUGAAGUGGAUGAUGGUUUUUGCCAUCGGAGUUUGCACGGGGAUGGUGGGCCUUUUUGUAGACUUUUUCGUCCACCUCUUCACCAGAAUCAAAUUCCACGUGGUUCAGAACUCGGUGGAGGACUGCAGCGAGAAAGGUUGCCUGGCCAUCUCUCUGCUGGAGCUGUUGGGCUUCAACCUCACCUUCAUCUUCCUGGCCAGCCUCUUUGUCUUAAUCCAGCCAGUAGCUGCCGGAUCUGGGAUUCCAGAGAUCAAGUGUUACCUGAACGGAGUCAAAGUCCCCGGGAUCGUACGUCUUCGGACUCUGAUCUGCAAAGCCCUGGGGGUCCUUUGCAGCGUGGCUGGAGGUCUUUUUGUAGGGAAGGAAGGCCCCAUGAUCCACAGCGGCGCUAUCGUCGGGGCUGGCCUACCUCAGUUCCAGAGUAUCUCUUUAAGGAAAAUCCAGUUUAAUUUCCCCUAUUUCCGAAGUGACAGGGACAAAAGAGAUUUCGUUUCUGCUGGUGCGGCUGCUGGAGUCUCUGCAGCCUUCGGGGCGCCCAUCGGAGGGACGCUUUUCAGCCUGGAAGAAGGCUCCUCCUUUUGGAACCAGGGCCUCACGUGGAAAGUGCUGUUCUGCUCCAUGUCCGCCACCUUCACCCUCAACUUUUUCCGCUCCGGCAUUCAGUUUGGAAGCUGGGGGUCUUUCCAGUUACCGGGGUUGCUGAAUUUUGGAGAGUUCAAGUGUCCAGAGUCUAACAAAAAAUGCCACCUGUGGACCAUCGUGGACUUGGGUUUCUUCAUCCUGAUGGGGGUCGGCGGGGGCCUCUUAGGGGCCACCUUCAACUGCAUCAACAAAAGGCUGGCCAAAUACCGUAUGAGGAACGUGCACCCCAAACCCAAACUGGUCAGAGUCCUAGAGAGCCUUUUGGUGUGCUUGACAACUACGCUUGUGAUAUUUUUCGCUUCGAUGCUCCUUGGGGAAUGCCGGCCGCUCUCUUCCACUGGCCACGGAGACAACAGCUCCUCCUCCUUCAGCCUGCAGGAUUCGUCAUCGGAGGAGGUGAAUUCAAGCAUCAAGACAUUCUUCUGUUACAAUAAUACUUACAAUGACAUGGCAACCCUGUUCUUCAACCCUCAAGAGUCGGCCAUCUUGCAACUCUUUCAUCAGGAGGGUACUUUCAGCCCUGUCACCCUCUCUCUCUUUUUCCUUCUCUACUUCUUGCUCUCCUGCUGGACUUACGGGAUUUCUGUGCCCAGCGGCCUUUUUGUCCCAUCGCUGCUCUGCGGGGCCUCUUACGGACGCCUGGUGGCCAACCUCCUGGAAAGCUACAUUGGCCUGGAUCACGUCUACUCCGGCACCUUUGCGUUGAUCGGAGCGGCCGCCUUCCUGGGCGGGGUAGUCCGCAUGACAAUCAGCCUCACCGUAAUCCUGAUCGAGUCCACCAACGAGAUCACGUACGGGUUGCCCAUCAUGAUCACCCUGAUGGUGGCCAAGUGGACAGGUGACCUCUUCAACAAAGGGAUUUACGACAUCUACGUGGCCUUGCGUGCGGUCCCUCUGCUGGAGUGGGAAGUCAAAGCAGAGAUGGACAAGCUCAGAGCGAGUGACAUCAUGGAGCCCAACCUGAUGUACGUCUACCCACACACCCGGAUCCAGUCCCUGGUCAGCAUUCUCCGCACCACGGUCCAUCAUGCCUUCCCGGUGGUGACCGAGAACCGGGCCUACGAGAAAGAAUUUAUGAAGUGGGACCAGCUUAUCAGCAACAAUAUUAAAUUCAAGAAAUCCAGCAUCCUCACUCGGGCGGCCGAGCAGCGCAAACGUAGCCAGUCCAUGAAGUCAUAUCCCUCCAGCGAGUUGAGAAAUGUGUGCGAUGACCACAACGCGGCUGAGGAGCCUCCGGAGACGGAGGACAUGCUGCAGCAGAUGUUGGAGCGGAAAUACACUCCGUAUCCCAAUCUGUAUCCAGACCAGUCCCCCAGUGAGGAGUGGACGAUGGAGGAACGCUUCCGGCCUCUGACUUUCCACGGCCUGAUCCUGCGCUCACAGCUGGUCACUUUACUUGUCCGAGGAGUCUGCUACGCAGAGAAUCAAUCAAGUGCCAACCAGCCUCGUCUCUCGUAUGCAGAUAUGUCAGAAGAUUACCCACGCUAUCCGGACAUCCAUGACUUAGAUCUCACACUACUGAAUCCACGCAUGAUUGUGGACGUCACGCCUUACAUGAACCCUUCUCCCUUCACCAUCUCGCCUAAUGCUCACAUUUCCCAAGUCUUCAACCUCUUCCGGACGAUGGGGCUGAGGCACUUGCCGGUGGUGAAUGCCGUCGGGGAGAUUGUGGGCAUUAUUACUCGACACAACUUGACCCACGAAUUCCUCCAGGCCAGGCUGCGCCAGCAUUACCACACCAUCUAAACCUCGUCUCCCGCCUCUUCCACCUCCUGAGACCCCCUCUCUUCCUCCUCCUCCUCCUCCUAGGGAUUCCUGGGCCCACCGUGUGCACUUUAGUCAACAAAACGAGCCCGUCGUCAUUGCCCCUCUUUCGGAGCCGUAAAAACUGUACAUCCUUCAGGCUAGGAGGGGGAAAAAAGCAUAAUACGUGGGGAAAUCUGGAGAGCUGGCUGUCGUCUUCUUGUUCUAGCAGCCACGCGCUUCUCCGUGGAUUGCGGGUCAAACCAUCCCAGUGCUUCGUCGCUCAACCCUGCAGACACCUGAAAGGAUUAUAUCUCUACCUUAUUCCAGAGAGAGAGAGAGAAAAAAUGUCAUUUUUUUUCCUCUUUACCUUGCUGAAGUUUUUGCCAAUCUUGCAGACUUCCCUCUUUUGGGCCGAUUGGGACACCGUUAUCUUCACUUCAAACUUUAGCCACCUGCUUUUCGAUUUAAUUAAGGUUAUCCAUCUUAAUUGGAACGGGACAACAACAACGAUUUUCUGACUGGGGCUUUUGACUUCCUGCUCUUCGCACCUCUCUCCAUCUUUCACUUUUGUUGACGUCUUUCUGAGAUCAACCCCCACCGGGCGUCAAGGAUGUCUCCCGCUUUGGGGAGGUGGGGGAGAGAUUCAGAUCGAGUCCUCGGUUCUCCGGAUCCUCCCUUGGGAUCCCCUCCAAAACUUUGCAAGAGUGAGGAAUCCAGAGUGGUUGGACUUUUAAAGCAUCGGAGCUGCUGUCGCUAGAACGGGGGAGCUGUUGAACCCCGGAUUUCGAGCACGUUCGCCUCCUUUGGGUGCUGAGCUUCAAACUGAGCCUCCCUCUUUUUUUUUGUUAAAAAUCUGACGCAGAGACAGUUCGUUGUUAAGUGAUUCUCAAUGUGCAGAAGGGAACCAAGAUUUUUUUGCGGGGCGGGGCGGAAUAUAUUGUCUGGCGGGACCAAACCGUGAUGUUCUCUCUUCAACCCCUAAAAGCCCCACUUUGCAUGCUGUUUUCCAGCUUGGCUGGUUCUCUCUCUCCUCCCCACCCCCGCUACUUUCCUCAUCCUGUCCAGUGUUUCCUUUCUUGCCAUCUGACAAUUGCCCCCCCCCCCACCCCUUCCUCUGUUUUUGGCUAGGAAGGACUGUUCUCUCCCAAUUCUUCAAAAUCCCGAUAGCCUUGCAUGCAAGGGCGGCCUGCAGAGAUGUCCCCAAAUAACUUCUCCUCUCCUCUCGGCCAGACCUUGCCUGGAAGGGGGCAGGGGGGGCGGGGAAAGGGGUACAUAGUUGGUAACCAACACCUUUGUUCUCUGCGGGUGGUAGAAGUUUCCCUUGCCCUGGCAUGACCCUCCUGGCACUCCUCCUCCCUUCCCCCCCCCCCCGGUUUGUUUGUUACCUUCAACAAAUCUGGUUUUUGCUGUAAAGGGCUGUAAUUUCCAACCAGGGUGGGGGGGUUGCGGGGUGGCAGGCAAGGGAGGACACCUUUAAUAGUUACGAGGGAUACCCAGGUAGGACCGGAAUGGAUCUCGGACGGGAGGGGGGGGGCGCGGAAUGUUUGCAGCGGCUGCAUUCAAGAGCUUUUCCAUCCUGCCGCCGGCUGGCUCACAUAAAGCCUUGAGCCGGCUGUGACCGGCUGAGUCCUUUCUAACAAGCCUCAUCUCACUGGCUCUUGUGAUUCCGGCAUCCGCCUGUCUUUGUAGCUUGGUGUGUGUGUGUGUAUGUUUAACCUUUGCAUAAAUCUCUUUUUCAAGGGAAAGCAGAAAUUGAGGCAUGGAAGAGAGCUGAUCCAGCCUUGAUAAAGCACAGUCGUCGAUGUUUUGGAAGGAAGAGGGGACCUGGGCCCAGCUCUUUCGUUCUUCCUUCCCCCCCUCUGGUUAGACGACUUAAUCCAUGCAGCUGCCCCCCCCCCACCCCAUUCCCUCAGUUCUCCGCUAAAGAAGAGGAGCACCCAUGUUGUGGGGGGGGAGUGGGGGGGCUCAUUCACUCAAAAUUUGGUCAAAUCCUCUCCAAUUUCCCAGCGGGGCAGGAGCCGCAGCUGGUUGCAAUCUGGAACUGCCGGAUUUUGUAAAGGGUUGACCAAACGUAACGAUUCCUUGCUUAUUUUUUGCCCGCCGAUGCAAUCCGGCAGCAAAAUAAUUCGAUUUUCUUAGACUUAGACUACGAAUUUUUUUUUUUUUUUUUGCACAGGCGAAAUUUUGGAUGUGCUCCGAUGCUAAUUUAAGUCUCCCAUCCAGUGUGUUUGUGUGUGUGUGUGUGUGUUUUCUCCUUCCACUUUCCAGUAAUAAGAUUUAUCUCUAACCUAUUUUGGAGAGGCGCGGUCUGGGCGCCGAGCGGAAGUCCAAUUUUUGAAUACCGGUUUUGUCUACUCAAGACAGGAAUGCUUUUGCAAGGUUUUUUUUUUUUUUGGUUCACCUCUCCAGAAUACUCAGUUUUAUCUUUUCCCCCCCCUCCCCCCUUCCUAAUGUUUCUUUGCUCCAUUCUCAACCCAAGCGAGAUUGUACCUCCUCCUUUGCCCCCUCCUGCUCUUGACCUUAAUAUAUAUAUAUAUAUAUAUAUAUAUAUAUAUAAGUCAUUUUCCUUUUCCAAGGUGUUACCUUCCCCUGCCCUCUUUAUAACCAUUUCUGGUUCGAACAGGUCCUGUUAGCGACUCUCCGUGGGCCUGUCUUACACGGCAUCAGCCCGUCCAACGUUCCUUUUGCAACUUGAAUUUUCACAAGACCAAAAUUAUCCUGUCUGGGGUUUUCUUUUCUUUUUUUUACUUUGUUGUCCUGGGCCAACGGGCAUUUUUAUUCUAAAGCGCGGGCUAUAAACGACUAUUUUAUCUGCAUCUCCGUGUGUUUGUGAAACAGACCAAUAUUUUUAUUUUCCCAGGAAGCUAAAGUUGUUUUGUUCUUUGGGAAUUCCAGAAUUCACAAGAGAGAAUAAGAGAGUGAGAGAGAGAGAGAGAGAAAGGAAAACAAAAAUAAUUUAUUCGAUAUCUACUUCAAUGCUUUAAAAGUGGAUGAGGGGAAAAAAAUCCCAAGCUAAUAUUUUUGGGGCAGUUUUGUAUGAUUGCUGGCCAGUUAUAACUUCCUUUCUCAUUUCUAGAAGCUUGAAAAUAUAAGAGCGUAAAAAAAAACUUGGAUUCUCAGCUGGGUUCAUCUGUAUACCCAAUAAUUUUUAUUAUUUUUUUUAACUUUGAUUUAUAGGCCGCCCUUCUCCGGAGACUCAGGGCGGCUUACAAUUUGCUAAGCAAUUGACAUCUUAAUAGGCUGGGAAUAAUAAUAUUUUUUCAUUUAAAACAUGUAAAGGUAGCCCUAGAAAUUCAGGCGACCCUACAGUCCAUUGUCAAAAGUGGGUGCCCCGUUGGUUAGCAGGUUCUCGCUUCAUCAUCCAGAAUGACCACUGUCUCUUUUCUCCCAGGUGUUGAAAUGUGUGCGUGUUGUUACUGUGUGCAUUAUAAUCAAAAGAUUUAAAGAUUCCAAUUACGCGGUUAACACCUUUCAGGUUUGUAAAGAGAUGCGGGAGGGCUUCUCUGUCUUAUGAGUCACGGCUUAAAAAUCAUAGAAUUGAUUGAAGGGACAGCGAUUCCCGUAAAAUGACACUAAUCGCUCCUGCGUUCCACGAAUUGUGUUGAGAAUUGUCUUCUGUCUUACAGUAAUGAAGAGGUUUUUCUCGCCUUCCCCAGAAAACUCUUUAUUUAUUUAACAUUCGCACGCCAAAUUUGGCUAGACCCACUUCCGUUCCGGAUCGAUAGGCCCCUCAGAAUUCAUGUCUUGGGAUUUUCAUGGAUGCUGGGAGAGUCUUGGAAUUCUCAUUAUUUCUGGUCUCUCGUCCCUUCAACAGUAUUAAUAUCCAUUCCAGAGGGAGAAGCACACACAGGGCAUUUCUUUGGUUUCUAAGCUCUUAUAAAUAUCUUGAUUUCCAAUUGCACUGUCCCUCGUCAAUGUGAUCCGAAUCUCGGGGGGAACGAAUUUUGUGUGCAUAACAUUUUUGUUUUUAAUAAUGUUUCAAAACAUUCCCGGGCAGAGAAUGUGCUAGAUAUAUAUAUUUUUUAAUUUUGGUUUGAGCACUUGUAUUCUAUAACCAUGGUCCUUCUCUUAAAAAAAAAAAAAAAAACACAAUAAAAUUCCUCCUUUAUGUCUUUGGGGUCCCGUCCCCACCCC